GGAUGCUCGGGAUGCCGGCACCGCUGCCGUCCGCCGCCUGAGCGCCCGGUCGGGACGGACCCCGCCGCUGCCCCCCGGGAAUUUGGGGGGGCCCAUGGGAUGUGAUGAGCCCCUCGGCGGUGCCGGCCUCAGCAGCGUGACCCCCCCCGCGGCGGCGGGAUGGCUCGGUUCGGAGAGGAGGUGGCGGCCCGCUACGGGCCCGGCGGCGGCGGCGGGAGCGGCCCCGGGGCGGCGGCGGGGGGCCGGGGAGCGGGGGGGGGUCCUCGGCAGGGCCCCCCCGGGGCACAGCGGCUCUACAAGCAGUCCAUGGCCCAGCGCGCCCGCACCAUGGCCCUGUACAACCCCAUCCCGGUGCGGCAGAACUGCCUCACCGUCAACCGCUCGCUCUUCCUCUUCAGCGAGGACAACGUGGUGAGGAAAUACGCCAAAAAGAUCACCGAAUGGCCUCCUUUUGAAUACAUGAUUUUAGCCACCAUCAUCGCCAACUGCAUCGUCCUGGCGCUGGAGCAGCACCUGCCCGACGAGGACAAGACCCCCAUGUCGGAGCGGCUGGACGACACGGAGCCGUACUUCAUCGGCAUCUUCUGCUUCGAGGCGGGGAUCAAGAUCAUCGCGCUGGGCUUCGCCUUCCACAAGGGCUCCUACCUGCGCAACGGCUGGAACGUCAUGGACUUCGUGGUGGUGCUCACGGGCAUCCUGGCCUCGGUGGGCUCCCAGUUUGACCUGCGGACACUCCGGGCCGUGCGCGUCCUGCGGCCCCUCAAGCUGGUCUCGGGGAUCCCCAGUCUGCAGGUGGUGCUCAAGUCCAUCAUGAAGGCGAUGAUCCCGCUGCUGCAGAUCGGGCUCCUGCUCUUCUUCGCCAUCCUCAUCUUCGCCAUCAUCGGGCUGGAGUUCUACAUGGGCAAAUUCCACACCACCUGCUUCGACCUGGUCACGGACGAGAUCAAGGUGGAGGUCCCGUGCGGGACGGACGAGCCGGCCCGGAUCUGCCCGAACGGCACCAAGUGCAAGAAGUACUGGGAAGGGCCCAACUACGGCAUCACGCAGUUCGACAACAUCCUCUUCGCCGUGCUCACCGUCUUCCAGUGCAUCACCAUGGAAGGGUGGACCGACCUCCUCUACUAUAGCAACGACGCCUCAGGGAACACUUGGAACUGGCUCUACUUCAUCCCCCUCAUCAUCAUCGGCUCCUUUUUUAUGCUCAACCUCGUGCUGGGGGUCCUGUCCGGGGAGUUUGCCAAAGAGCGGGAGCGGGUGGAGAAUCGCCGCGCCUUCCUCAAGCUGCGGCGGCAGCAGCAGAUCGAGCGGGAGCUCAACGGAUACAUGGAGUGGAUCUCCAAGGCGGAAGAGGUGAUCCUGGCCGAGGACGAGCCCGAGGCCGAGCCCCGCCGCCCCUUCGAUGGAGCUCUCCGGAGGGCCACCAGCAAGAGGAGCAAGACGGACCUGCUGAGCCCCGAGGAGGGCGAGGAGCAGCUGGGGGACAUCGCGGCCAUGGGCUCGCCGUUCGCCCGCGCCAGCCUCAGGAGCGCCAAGCUGGAGAACGCCACCGUGUUCCACCGGCGCGAGCGCCGCGUGCGCUUCCACAUCCGGCGCGUGGUGAAAACUCAGGCCUUCUACUGGACCGUGCUCGGCCUGGUAGCGCUCAACACCCUGUGUGUUGCUAUCGUUCACUACGACCAGCCAGAUUGGCUUUCCGACUUCCUCUACUAUGCAGAAUUCAUUUUCUUGGGACUCUUUAUGUCCGAAAUGUUUAUAAAGAUGUACGGGCUGGGGACGCGGCCUUACUUCCACUCGUCCUUCAACUGCUUCGACUGCGCCGUCAUCAUCGGAAGCAUCUUCGAGGUGAUCUGGGCUGUUGUGAAGCCGGGAACUUCCUUCGGCAUCAGCGUGCUGCGAGCUCUCAGGUUACUGCGCAUCUUCAAAGUCACCAAGUACUGGGCUUCCCUGCGGAACCUGGUGGUGUCCCUGCUCAACUCCAUGAAAUCCAUCAUCAGCCUCCUCUUCCUCCUCUUCCUCUUCAUCGUCGUCUUCGCCCUUUUGGGGAUGCAGCUCUUCGGGGGACAGUUCAAUUUCGACGACGGGACCCCUCCCACCAAUUUCGACACUUUCCCAGCAGCAAUAAUGACGGUGUUUCAGAUCCUGACGGGAGAAGACUGGAACGCGGUGAUGUACGACGGGAUCAAAUCUCAGGGCGGCGUCAAGGGCGGGAUGGUUUUCUCCGUCUACUUCAUUGUGCUCACCCUCUUCGGAAAUUACACCCUCCUGAACGUCUUCUUGGCCAUCGCCGUGGACAACUUGGCCAACGCGCAGGAGCUCACCAAGGACGAGCAGGAGGAGGAGGAAGCCGCCAACCAGAAGCUGGCGCUGCAGAAGGCGAAGGAGGUGGCCGAGGUCAGCCCGCUGUCCGCAGCCAACAUGUCGGUCAGCAUGAAGGAGCAGCAGAAGAACCAGAAAAGCUCCAAGUCGGUGUGGGAGCAGCGCACCAGCGAGCUGCGCAAGCAGAACCUGCUGGCGAGCCGCGAGGCGCUCUACAGCGAGCUGGACCCCGAGGAGCGCUGGAAGGUUCCCUACGCCCGCCACCUCCGCCCGGACAUGAAGACACACCUGGACCGUCCCCUCGUGGUGGACCCGCAGGAGAACCGCAACAACAACACCAACAAAACGCGUCCCGGCGAACCCCCGCCCGACCCCCGGUUCGGUCCGUUCCGCCCCGAGGAGCUGCGGCGGCAGCAGCCGCGCUACCCCGAGCACGGAGCGCGGCCCGGGGAGCCCCCGGCACCCCCCGGCAGCCGCCGGCCCCGCAGCAGCAGCCGCGAACCCGAGCGGGAGCCCAGCCAGGAGCGCGGCUACGCCGAGGGCGAGCGGCCCAAGGGGCGGCACCGGAGCCGCGCCGCGUCCCCGCCGGGAGAACGGGAGCACCGGAGGCACCGCGGGCACCGCCGCGGGCCCGAGGAGGGCGAGGAGGGGGCCAGACCGGAGAGGAGACAGCGACACCGAGAAGGGGGGAGGCCCCCGAGGGGAGAGGGCGACGGGGAGCACGGGGAUGGCGAGCAGCGGAGGCGGCGGCACCGGCACGGAGCCCCGCCCGGGUACGACGGCGAGGGCAGGAGGGAGGACAAGGAGCGGCGGCACCGGAGGAGGAGGGAGCCGCAGCCGCCGCCGCCGCCGCCGUCGGGCCCCACGCUCUCCACCACCCGCCCCAUCCAGCAGGACCCGGCGCGCCGGGAGCCGCCCGUGGCCGAGGACAUCGACAACAUGAAGAACAACAAGCUGGCCACCGGCGAGCCCCCCGCGCCGCCCCCCGUGGGCAACCACACCCCCUGCCCCCUCCCUUCCGGACCCCCCCGCCGCCCCCCGCCCGCCGCCAACCCCCCGCCCCCCGAAAACAGCCUGGGGGUCACCAACCCCCCGAACAACCCCGCCAAGGCCGGGGGCAAACCCGAGCACACGGCCGUGGACAUCCCGCCGCCCUUCCCGCCGCCCCCCAGCAACGCGCUGGUCCAAGUGAACAGGAACGCCAACCCCGAGCCGCUGCCCCGCAAGGAGGAGGAGGAGAAGAAGGAGGAGGAAGGCGCCGGGCAGGACGAGAACGGCCCCAAGCCCAUGGUGCCCUACAGCUCCAUGUUCAUCCUGUCCACCACCAACCCGUUCCGGCGGCUGUGCCACUACAUCGUGAACCUGCGCUACUUCGAGAUGUGCAUCCUGCUGGUGAUCGCCAUGAGCAGCAUCGCGCUGGCCGCCGAGGACCCCGUGCAGCCCAACGCCCCCCGCAACAACGUGCUGCGCUACUUCGACUACGUCUUCACGGGGGUCUUCACCUUCGAGAUGGUGAUCAAGAUGGUGGACCUGGGGCUGGUGCUGCACCAGGGCUCCUACUUCCGGGACCUGUGGAACAUUCUGGACUUCAUCGUGGUCAGCGGGGCGCUGGUGGCCUUCGCCUUCACCGGCAGCAGCAAAGGCAAGGACAUCAACACCAUCAAAUCCCUGCGCGUCCUCCGCGUGCUGCGGCCCCUCAAGACCAUCAAGAGGCUGCCCAAGCUCAAGGCCGUGUUUGACUGCGUGGUGAACUCGCUCAAGAACGUGCUCAACAUCCUCAUCGUCUACAUGCUCUUCAUGUUCAUCUUCGCCGUGGUGGCCGUGCAGCUCUUCAAGGGGAAGUUCUUCUACUGCACCGACGAGUCCAAGGAGUUCGAGAAGGACUGCAGGGGCGAGUACCUGGUCUACGAGAAGGACAACGAGGUGAAGGCGCAGAAGCGCGAGUGGAAGAAGUACGAGUUCCACUACGACAACGUGCUCUGGGCGCUGCUCACCCUCUUCACCGUCUCCACCGGCGAGGGGUGGCCGCAGGUCCUGAAGCACUCGGUGGACGCCACGUACGAGAACCAGGGCCCGAGCCCCGGGUACCGCAUGGAGAUGUCCAUCUUCUACGUCGUCUACUUCGUCGUCUUCCCCUUCUUCUUCGUCAACAUCUUCGUGGCCUUGAUCAUCAUCACCUUCCAGGAGCAGGGCGACAAGAUGAUGGAGGAGUACAGCCUGGAGAAGAACGAGAGAGCGUGCAUCGACUUCGCCAUCAGCGCCAAGCCGCUGACCCGGCACAUGCCCCAGAACCGCCAGAGCUUCCAGUACCGCAUGUGGCAGUUCGUGGUGUCGCCGCCCUUCGAGUACACCAUCAUGGCCAUGAUCGCGCUCAACACCAUCGUGCUCAUGAUGAAGUUCUACGACGCCUCCGACACCUACGAGAACGUUCUCAAGAUGUUCAACAACGUCUUCACCUCCCUCUUCUCGCUCGAGUGUCUCCUCAAGAUCAUGGCCUUCGGUGUCCUGAAUUAUUUCCGCGACGCCUGGAACAUUUUCGACUUCGUGACGGUGCUGGGCAGCAUCACCGACAUCCUGGUGACAGAAUUCGGGAACAAUUUCAUCAACCUGAGCUUCCUGCGCCUGUUCCGCGCCGCCCGCCUCAUCAAGCUGCUGCGCCAGGGCUACACCAUCCGCAUCCUGCUCUGGACCUUCGUGCAGUCCUUCAAGGCCCUGCCCUACGUGUGCCUGCUGAUCGCCAUGCUCUUCUUCAUCUACGCCAUCAUCGGCAUGCAGGUGUUCGGGAACAUCGGCAUCGAGGAGGAGGAUGAGGAGUCGGCGAUCACCCAGCACAACAACUUCCGCACCUUCUUCCAGGCGCUGAUGCUGCUCUUCAGGAGCGCCACCGGGGAGGCGUGGCACGAGAUCAUGCUGUCGUGCCUGAGCGGGAAGCCGUGCGACGAGAACUCGGGCAUCAAGGAGGACGAGUGCGGCAACGAGUUCGCCUACUUCUACUUCGUGUCCUUCAUCUUCCUCUGCUCCUUCCUGAUGCUGAACCUCUUCGUCGCCGUCAUCAUGGACAACUUCGAGUACCUGACGCGCGACUCGUCCAUCCUGGGCCCGCACCACCUGGACGAGUACGUGCGGGUCUGGGCCGAGUACGACCCCGCCGCCUGGGGCCGCCUGACCCUCGCGGACAUGUACGAAAUGCUGCGGCACAUGUCGCCGCCGCUGGGGCUGGGGGCCAGCUGCCCCCCCCGCGUGGCCUAUAAGCGGCUGCUGCGCAUGGACCUGCCCGUGGCCGAUGACAACACGGUGCACUUCAACUCCACCCUGAUGGCGCUGAUCCGCACCGCGCUCGACAUCAAGAUCGCCAAAGGCGGCGCCGACAAGCAGCAGAUGGACGCGGAGCUGCGCAAGGAGAUGAUCGCCAUCUGGCCCAACCUGUCCCCCAAAAACCUGGACCUGCUCGUCACCCCGCACAAGUCCACCGACCUGACGGUGGGGAAGAUCUACGCGGCGAUGAUGAUCAUGGAGUAUUACCGGCAGAGCAAGGCCAAGAAGCUGCAGGCCAUGCGCGAGGAGCAGAACCGCACCCCGCUGAUGUUCCAGCGCAUGGAGCCGCCGUCCCCCACCCAGGAGGGACCCCCGGGACCGGACACGACCCCCGCGGUAGAGCCGGCCGCGCGGGACGGGGACAUGAAGGAGAGCCACUCGUGGGUGACACAGCGCGCCCAGGAGAUGUUCCAGAGGACGGGCACGUGGAGCCCCGAGCGCGGCCACCCCGACGAUGUCCCCAACAGCCGCCCCAACUCCCAGCUGGUGGAGAUGCGGGAGAUGCCCAAGGAUGGACACUCGGACAGCGAUUACCUGCCCAUGGAGGGGCACGGCCGAGCCGCCUCCAUGCCGCGGCUGCCCGGCGACACCCAGCGGAGGAAGGUGCGACCCCGAGGCAAUAACCUCAGUACCAUCGCGGACUCGAGCCCCAUCAAGCGCUCGGCGUCGCUGCUCGGCCACCCCCGGCCCCGCGGGGUCCGCCUGGACGAUUUCUCCUUGGAGCGCGUCCCCCCCCCCGAGGACGGGCAGCGCCACCACCCCCGCCGGGGACACCGCGGCCACCGCGCCUCCGAGCGCUCCCUCAGCCGCUACACGGACGGCGACACAGGGCUGGGCACGGACCUCAGUGUCACCACGCAGUCCGGGGACGCCCCCGGCAAGGAGCGGGACCCCGAGCGGGGCCGGCCCAAGGACCGGCGGCACCGGCACCACCAUCACCAUCAUCAUCAUCACCACCACGGGGGGGGCGCGGGGGCGGGGGGCGAUCGCUGCGCGCCCCCUCCCCAGGAUCGCCACGACCUCGGGCGGCCGCGCUCCCGGGAGCGCCGCUGGUCGCGCUCCCCCAGCGAGGGCCGGGACCGCGCGGGCCCCCCCCGCCAGGUGGGUGCCCCCCUCCGCUCGCCCCCCCUCCGCCUCUAGGACCCCUCCCCAAAACGGGGGGGGGGCCACAAGGGCUGCACCUUCAACCAAAGACCCCUCCCCACCUCACCCCGCUGUCCCCACCC